AUGUUGGCUGCGCGAUUCUCCAGAGCUCUUCCCCGAGCUACUCCCAUUGCCGCUCGCUCGGCUGCCUUUGCCAGAACACCUCUCGUCUCCAAGUUUGCUCGCUAUGAGUCAACAGCUGCUGAGGGCGAUGGCAAGGUCCAGGGUUCCGUCAUUGGUAUCGACCUGGGAACCACCAACUCCGCCGUCGCCAUCAUGGAGGGCAAGACACCCCGCAUCAUUGAAAACUCAGAAGGUGCCCGUACCACCCCUUCAGUAGUUGCCUUUGCCGAGGAUGGCGAGCGACUGGUUGGUGUUGCUGCCAAGCGACAGGCCGUGGUCAACCCAGAGAACACCCUCUUCGCCACCAAACGAUUGAUCGGUCGCAAGUUCAGCGACGCUGAGGUCCAGCGUGACAUCAAGGAGGUGCCCUACAAGAUCGUCCAGCACUCCAACGGCGAUGCCUGGGUCUCUGCUCGUGACCAGAAGUACUCUCCCUCCCAGAUUGGUGGCUUCGUUCUCAACAAGAUGAAGGAGACUGCCGAGGCCUACCUGUCCAAGCCCGUCAAGAACGCCGUCGUUACCGUCCCCGCUUACUUCAACGAUGCUCAGCGUCAGAGCACCAAGGACGCCGGUCAGAUUGCCGGUCUCAACGUCCUCCGUGUCGUCAACGAGCCUACCGCUGCCGCCCUGGCCUAUGGCCUGGAGAAGGAGGCCGACCGCGUUGUCGCCGUCUACGAUCUUGGUGGUGGUACUUUCGAUAUCUCCAUACUGGAGAUCCAGAACGGUGUCUUCGAGGUCAAGUCCACCAACGGUGACACCCACCUUGGUGGUGAGGAUUUCGAUAUCCACCUGGUCCGCCACAUGGUUGGCGAAUUCAAGAAGACUUCUGGUCUCGACCUUGCUGGCGAUCGCAUGGCUAUCCAGCGUAUCCGUGAGGCUGCUGAGAAGGCCAAGAUUGAGCUUUCUUCCUCUCUCCAGACCGACAUCAACCUGCCCUUCAUCACUGCCGAUGCUUCCGGCCCCAAGCACAUCAACCUGAAGCUCACCCGCUCUCAGCUUGAGAAGAUGGUUGAGCCUCUCAUCAACCGAACCAUCGAGCCCGUCCGCAAGGCCCUCAAGGAUGCUGGCCUCCAGGCCAAGGACAUCCAGGAGGUCAUCCUGGUCGGUGGUAUGACCCGUAUGCCCAAGGUUGCCGAGUCGGUCAAGUCCAUCUUCGGACGCGACCCCGCCAAGUCCGUCAACCCCGACGAGGCUGUCGCCAUGGGUGCUGCCAUCCAGGGUGCUGUUCUCUCUGGUGAGGUCAAGGAUCUCCUUCUCCUCGACGUCACCCCCCUGUCUCUCGGUAUCGAGACCCUGGGCGGUGUCUUCACCCGUCUGAUCAACCGAAACACCACCAUCCCCACCAAGAAGUCCCAGGUCUUCUCCACUGCCGCCGACUCCCAGACCGCUGUCGAGAUCAAGGUCUUCCAGGGUGAGCGUGAGCUCGUCCGUGAUAACAAGCUGCUCGGAAACUUCCAGCUUGUCGGCAUCCCUCCUGCUCGCCGUGGUGUUCCUCAGAUCGAGGUCACCUUCGACAUUGACGCUGAUUCCAUCGUCCACGUCCACGCCAAGGACAAGUCCACCAACAUGGACCAGUCCAUCACCAUUGCUUCCGGAUCUGGUCUCUCCGACAACGAGAUCCAGCAGAUGGUUGAGGAUUCCGAGAAGUACGCCGAGUCUGACAAGGAGCGCAAGUCUGCCAUCGAGUCCAGCAACCGCGCUGACAGCGUCCUGAACGACACCGAGCGUGCCCUCGACGAGUACGCCGACAAGCUCGACAAGGCUGAGGCUGACGGUCUCCGCGAGAAGAUUGCCUCUCUCCGCGAGUACGUCUCCAAGAUCCAGUCCGGUGACAGCACUGCCACCGCCGCCGAGAUCAAGGAGAAGACCGAUGAGCUCCAGGUUGCUUCCCUGAACCUCUUCGACAAGAUGCACAAGGCCCGCAGCGAGAGCUCCGAGCAGCCCUCCUCCGGCGAGCAGUCUACCGAGGGCGAGAAGAAGGAUGAGAACAAGCCUUAA